GCUACACAGACCGCACACGGUUAAGUCCCUGCCAAGCUAUCAACCCGUUUAAACGAAGGCAUAUAAAUUAAGUGCUAUUCAAUACACUGUGGCGGUAUAAAGUUGACGUGACAAUGUCUGUCUCGGAGGUGGUAGUUUUUUUUGUGGUGCUAUGUGCGGCAAACGCUGCGUUUACCAUUAAUAUAUAUGAAGACGACAUGGAAAAAGUUAAAACAAAAGGGCACGAAGUAGAACGCUGUGACAAUACGGCGUGCAGCAGGGUAUGUCGACUGUUGGGUUUCAACUCCGGAUCGUGCGUUGGCGAUACUUGUGAAUGCGCUAAACUGGAGAGCGACAUCAUUGAAGAUAAACUUGAACGAAAUGAUAUACCCAACUUGGAUGAAGAUGAUACCGGUAAAGGCGUGAGAGGAUGCGAUCCCAACGCGUGCUACCAGCUGUGUCGCCGCUUGAAGUUCCCCAGUGGAACAUGCAUCAAUGGCCGCUGCAAGUGUGACAACUUCCGACAAGACCCAGGGGCAAUGAUUGAAAAUACAGUUAUGAACGAGGCUAGAUGCAAUAUGUUUACAUGUCGCCAGAUAUGCCAUCGUCUAGGCUUUCGCUACGGAGUUUGCGUUGGUGACACUUGCAGAUGCAGCAAUGCUAUACGAACUAACGUUCUAGAAAUACCGAUGGAUCAAGAUAUAAAUGAAGAUAUUGAAAAUUCAGUUGAACCUAUUGUUGAAAGAAUUGUCACUAAUGCUGCGUCGCAAGAAUGUGACCAGUUGUCUUGUACGAUGGGUUGUCGAGAGUUAGGAUUUCCUGGAGGGUUGUGCUUCAUGGGAAAGUGCCGUUGUAAUAAGGGAGAAAAUGGGAAAAAAAGUUUGAAAACGAUGCAAGAUUGUAACAAUGUAAACUGCUAUUUUAUGUGUAGGAGUUGGGGUUACAUUGGCGGUUCGUGCCGAGACGGUAGCUGUCUUUGUGUCUAAGAAACUAAACUAUUUAUAAAAAAUAAGGGUUCUUCAAACCUUUUUAAGUAACAUGUUGAGUAAUGUGUUAUGUUGACACAAUCCAUUCAAAAACCUUUAUAUUUGAAAACGUUUUAUAUGCUUAAUGAAAUUUCAGUUUUUAAACGUAAGAUAAGAGUAGAAGGGAUACCAACACUUAGGUAUAUUGGCCAAUGUUAUAAAAUGUGCCAAAUGAUUUUUCGUAUAUUUUUGAAUACUUCUUUUAAUGGUUUACUUUGAAUAUUGGUCGAUUUCUUUAAACUACUUAUAACAUAUUCAUUAAAUAUUCCGCUUACUUUUUUUUUAAUAGAUAACUGUUC